CCAACUCGCUCUUCCUCUUCUCCGCCGAUUCAUUCCACCAUCGCGAAACCCUAGCCCAAGGAAGAGAGAGGGUGAGAGGGAAUCCACUCCAGAGAUCGGCGCCAUGAACGACCUCAUGACCAAAUCCUUCAUGAGCUACGUCGACCUGAAGAAGGCGGCGAUGAAGGACCUGGAGGCGGGGGGCGACGGGAUCGAGCUCCCGGAGUCUGGCGGCGUCACGGACGAGCGCCUGCGCGGGUUCUUCGAGGAGGCGGAGGCGGUGAAGGCGGAGAUGGCGGCGAUCCGCGACGCGCUCGACCGCCUCCACGCCGCCAACGAGGAGGGCAAGUCGCUGCACCAGGCCGACGCCCUCCGCGCGCACCGCGGCCGCGUCAACGCCGACAUCGUCGCCGUGCUGCGCCGCGCCCGCGACAUCCGCGCCAGGCUCGAGUCCCUGGACCGCGCCAACGCCGCGCAGCGGAGGCUCUCCGCGGGGUGCCGCGAGGGCACGCCGCUGGACCGCACGCGCACCGCCGUCACCGCGGGGCUCCGGAAGAAGCUCAAGGACCUCAUGCUCGACUUCCAGGCGCUGCGGCAGCGGAUGAUGUCCGAGUACAAGGAGACUGUGGAGCGCCGCUACUACACGCUCACCGGGGAGGUCCCCGAGGAGGAGGUGAUCGAGCGCAUCAUCUCCGACGGCCGCGGCGAGGAGCUCCUGGGCGCCGCCGUCGCGGAGCACGGCAAGGGCGCCGUGCUCGCCGCGGUGCACGAGAUCCAGGACCGCCACGACGCGGCGCGCGAGGUGGAGCGCAGCCUCCUCGAGCUCCACCAGGUGUUCCUCGACAUGGCCGUCAUGGUGGAGACGCAGGGGGAGAAGCUCGACGACAUCGAGAGCCACGUCGCCAACGCCUCCCACUACGUGCAGGGCGGCAACAAGGAGCUGGGCAAGGCCAAGGAGUACCAGCGGAGCAGUCGCAGGUGCCUCUGCAUCGGCAUCAUCAUCCUGCUGCUCCUCGUCCUCCUCGUCAUCGUGCCCAUCGCCACCAGCUUCAGCAAGUCUUGAGCGAAAUGUGAUGGAGGAGGAACAACGCUGGGGUUGUGAAUUGUGAUGAUGAUGAUGGGGUUCAGACUUCGGACACUCUGCGGUUGUGUCUCGUGUUGUUUGAUUUCGUAUUCGUUAAUUUCAGCCUGAAUGUUUCUGUAUCCAUCAGGAUUUAGCUGAUGAAAUCACCGUUAACUGCAGUUCCUAUAUGUUCCUUUGUUCUGUGUACUGUAUGGCAUGAGAUUCGGUGGUGACAUUUAGCAGUUGAAAUUUAAACUUGCUCAUGUCUGUGUUAAAAUCGUUCCUGUACCUAUGCUGACAUGCUUAAAUCCAGAGAAGCUGGCCACAACCAGGUGCUCUAACCUUGGUCAAUGAAGCUGGCCACAUGAUUUCGUU